GUCAAACUCGCAGCUCCGUCUGUCCCUCGCGCGCUCACAUGAGAGCGAACUACCGACGAAGACCACCCACGGCGUCGACAUCGCGAGCCAUGUCGAGUGGAUGCCGGAACAAGACAGUGCCGGAUCACGGAGGGUAUUUGACGGCGUGUUUGACUGGUUCUCCUGGGAUGCUUACUCUGGAUCAGUGUUCUCCCGUUAAUGACGAAUCCGAUUCAGCUAUCAUACAGGAGCAAUCCACUUUAGAACAAGUGACAAGUGAUUGAUCGGCAGUUCAUGCAGCUGUGAAGCUUAUAAUCCCGGGAUCCAUACACUACGUCAUCACACCAAAACCCUUCUUAACACUCGGCCAGCCGAAAAUAUUCCUCUUAUUCAACAGAAAUUGACCAUGUCCGACCGUGUUGACUCUGAAAAGGCUGAAUACCAUCGCGAUGAGGAUUUGACUGUGACAGAUGAGCAGGCUCUGGCUAAGGCUCGCGAGUCUCCCGAUGAAGCCCUCCCGCUUCUGAUCACUUUUGCGCCCGAGGAUCGGGAGCAUCCUCGCAACUGGCCGCGAUGGAGGAAAUGGUACAUUACAUGCCUGGUCAGCAUGCUUAAUGUUUUUACGACGUGGUGUGCUGGUGGAAUCUCCUCCGGAGCGAGUGAGAUCGCGACUGAAUUCGACGUCUCGUCCGAGGUGACGACCCUCGCUCUGUCGCUUUACGUGCUUGGAUACGCCGUCGGGCCUGUCUUGCUGGCCCCGUUGUCUGAAUACUUUGGUCGACAGCCUGUGUACGUCGUCUCGUGGUUCCUGCUGUUUCUGUUCCAGCUGCCGCUGGCGCUGGCACCGAAUAUCGGGACGAUCCUCGUGUGUCGCUUCAUCGCAGGCUGUGCAGGCGGUGCCCCCCUGACCAACACGGGGGGAUCAAUCAGUGAUCUGUGGUCACGAAAUGAGUGCGGCGGCCCAAUGGCAGUCUACGGGCUCAGCAGUACGUUUGGCCCGCCGAUGGCCCUGGUGGUGACCGGCUACAUCGGGUUGAAUGCCGGAUGGAGGAUGAUCUUCUGGGUGCUCAUGGCGAUUACGGGGGGUGUUUGGAUCCUGCUUGUCCUCACCGUCCCCGAAACGAGGCAUUCGAUCAUUUUGCAGCGCAAGACGCGCCGGGUCCGCCGCCAGAUGGAAGCAGAGCAUCUCAGGUCCGCUGAAUCGGUGGCGGAUGUCUUCGCGGAGGAUAGAAAGGGCCUCCAUCAGCUCUUUGCCAUCACGCUGACGCGCCCCUUUCGCUUCCUCUUCACCGAACCCAUCACCACCUUUUCAGCCAUCUACAAUGGCUUUCUUUACGGACUGGUCUAUCUCUUCAACGAGUCGUUCCCCCUGGUUUUCGGCGACGGCCAUGGCUUCAACGGCGGGCAGCAGGGCCUUGCCUUUCUCGGGCUCGCCAUCGGCCCUCUUCUCGCGUUCUGCUGCUACCCGUUGCAAGAACGAUACUACCUCCGCCGCGUGGCCCAGAACGACGGCCGGGGAGUCCCCGAGGCACGCAUGUGGAUGGCCCGGGGAGGGGCUCUUCUGAUCCCCAUCUCACUGUUCUGGUUCGGCUGGACGUCGUACAGCAGCGUGCACUGGAUCGUCCCCAUCAUCGCCUCCGCCUUCUUCGGGGCGGGCAUCUACAUCGUGAUCCUCAGUAUCCUGAACUACGUCGUAGACAGCUACCAGACCUACUCUGCCUCGGCGUUGGCGGGAGUCAUCCUCGUGAGAAACACGGUGGGCGCCGGGUUCCCGCUCUUUGCCACGCAAAUGUAUACCAAGCUGGACUAUGAAUGGGCGUCGAGUCUCUUGGGCUUCAUCUCUCUCCUCUUGGUGCCCAUCCCGUUCCUCUUCUUCUACAAGGGGGAGGCCAUUCGUUACAAGAGCCCCUGGGCUAGAGAACACUUUGACCAGACGGAAGAUAGUUCUCAUUAGUAUCAGGUGUAUUUAUUCAGAUUCGUAGAAUUAAGUGCUUAUGGUCAUCAUCGCCUAUUCUCCUUGUAUCCCUCGCUCUCGCACACCAGCAAUGACAAAUUAAGCAUAAUUUAAGCUCAUUAUUACUCCUACCAUUGCUAUUAUUAUUUAUCAUUCUAAUAAUCCACUGUCACAAUAAUUUGUCUUCUAUUUUUAUUUUUCCCUUUUAUGGAGUCCAACUCGCUAAUCUGGCGGUGAGCCGAAACUCGCAAUCUGUCUUCUAAACAAACACUUCGUUUCUCCCUCCUCUCUCUCUCUCUCUCUCUCUCUCUCUCUCUGUCUCCCGUUGUCCAUCCACUCCAUCUGGUUCCUGC